UUGGACGGUCUAGAGUGAGCGAUCAGCGAGCAGGGUGGGCUAAAACGGACUCUGACAGUCAGCAUGUAAACAUUGUCUAGGACGCCUUGAAAUAUAGAAGCCUAAUAGACCACAGCCCGACUGGAAAAACAAACCGGUCCCUGCUAUAGGAAACCGUUAUGGGCCGGCGAGGCGCAGCGGGACGAGCGAUGUAGCUAAGCUAAGCUAGUUAACCUAGCCUGGUUAUCGAGAAGACGGCCAGACUCGCCAGCGUUAGCCAUUCGGCUAGCUCGAUAGCUAGGUACUCUUCCAGGAAAUAUGGAAUUUGACGGGAGUCGAACUACAACCCCACCAGGACUUGAACUAGAGGUGGAUGGUAGAGAUGCAGGGAUGCAAACCUUCAACCAUACGCAUAUGUGGAAAGCCUUCAGCCUGAUGAACGACCUGAGGAGCAGGAAGAUUCUUUGCGAUGUGCUGCUGGUAGCUGGAGACGUGGAAAUUCCUGCCCAUAAAGUGGUGCUGGCUUCAUGCAGUCCCUACUUCUGCGCUAUGUUCACAGGAGAAAUGACUGAAAGUAAGGCCCCAUGUGUGGAGAUAAGGGACAUGGAUGGACAGACUCUCCGAAAACUGGUGGACUACAUUUAUACAGCAGAGAUUGAAGUGUCUGAGGACAGCGUUCAGGUGCUCCUGGCUGCCGCCGGCUUGCUACAGCUGAUGGAUGUGAGGCAAGCGUGCUGUGAGUUCCUGCAGAGCCAGCUCCAUCCCACCAACUGCCUGGGCAUCCGCGCCUUCGCCGACCUGCACACCUGCACGGACCUGCUGCGCCAGGCCCACGCCUACGCCGAGCAGCAUUUCUCCGAGGUCAUGCUGGGGGAGGAGUUCCUGGGUCUUUCCUUGCAGCAGGUGUGCAGUCUUAUCUCCAGUGACAAGCUGACAGUGUCCACCGAGGAGCAGGUUUUCGAGGCCAUGAUCGCGUGGAUAAAGCACGACGAGGAGGCCCGUUUAGAGCACAUGCCAAAGCUCAUGGAGCAUGUCCGACUGCCGCUCCUGUCCAGAGACUACUUGGUUCAGAUCGUAGAGGAGGAGGCUUUAAUCAAAAACAACAACACAUGUAAGGACUUUCUAAUUGAAGCCAUGAAGUACCACCUGUUACCCGCAGACCAGCGGCACCUGAUGAAGACAGACAGGACACGCCCCCGCACGCCGGUCAGCCUGCCUAAGGUAAUGAUUGUGGUGGGUGGUCAGGCUCCUAAAGCCAUCCGCAGUGUGGAGUGCUAUGACUUCCAGGAGGACCGCUGGUACCAGGUGGCCAACCUGCCUUCCAGACGCUGCCGGGCAGGUGUGGUGUUCAUGGCUGGCAAGGUUUAUGCUGUGGGAGGCUUUAACGGGUCCCUGCGCGUGAGGACUGUGGAUGUGUACGACUGCGUGCGGGACCAGUGGAGCGUCAUUCCCAGCAUGCAGGAGAGGCGCAGCACGCUGGGUGCUGCCGUUCUGGCUGAUCUGCUCUACGCCGUGGGCGGAUUCGACGGCAGCACGGGCUUGUCUUCAGUGGAGGCGUAUAACCCCAAGACUAAUGAGUGGUCGUUUGUGGCUCCCAUGAACACUAGAAGAAGCAGUGUGGGGGUAGGAGUUGUAGACGGGAAGCUCUAUGCAGUGGGGGGAUAUGAUGGGGCGUCUCGGCAGUGUCUCAGCACGGUGGAAGAGUAUAACCCUGUCAGUAACAAAUGGGGCUACGUGGCCGACAUGAGCACCAGACGCAGCGGAGCAGGAGUCGGAGUGCUGAAUGGACAGUUGUUUGCAGCCGGAGGACACGACGGUCCUCUGGUGAGGAAGAGUGUGGAGGUGUACGACCCAGCCACUAACACCUGGAGGCAGGUGUGUGACAUGAACAUGUGCAGGAGGAAUGCAGGAGUGUGUGCCAUAAACGGCCUGCUGUAUGUGAUCGGCGGCGAUGACGGCUCGUGUAACCUGUCCUCCGUGGAGUACUAUAACCCUGCUUCAGACAAAUGGAGCCUCCUCCCCACCAACAUGAGCAACGGGCGCAGCUACGCAGGGGUGUCGGUUAUCGACAAGCCAUUAUGACUAAGAGCCCUGGUGAGCAGGUUGCCACCUCCACACGAAGGGAAGGACCACGGGAGACACACUGUCAUUUAACGCUUGGGUGUGGGUGCAGGUGGGCAGAGUCGCCGUGGCCCUGUGGGCCCCGAAAAAACCCGCUCGACACACGCAGUCGCGUAGACCCACCCGCCCGCCAGAACGCCACGGCAGGCGGUCCCACUCUGAGACCUGAGGCACGUAACACCCCCCCCAAGCCAACCCAGCAGGGGACGGACCGGCGAGGGGGAACGGAACCGCAACGCUUGGAGAGCAAGUGCCAACUUCCCU